UAUGGAGAAACGAUUUCCAUUGACGAUGCCAUUUUUUCGUACAAAAUAUUAUCCGAUUUCUUCGAAACGCUACAACGAUAUGUUGUUCCUGCGGAAACUCGAGCAGGCUUCGCCAAGGCAAUCUCCACUUUUUAUAAAUUUGUUGGUGCGAACAUUGAUGUUGCAAUAACCACAAAUUUACGAUCCGUCGUUAUUCAGCAAGCAAUUGAACGGAUAGAGACGAUUGCAAAAAAUUUAAGGUUCGAGAAAAAAGCAAGGGAGUCAUUUCGUGGUGUAGCUCCAGAAGCGACCGCGAUGAAAAAAGGAGAACUUUACUGCGUUGCGCGUGCUGUCGUCCAGCAUAAAUUGGUUUUACAAAAGCUGAAGAGCAUCUACGAGAGUUUUAAAGCAAACAAUAGUAUCACCAUGCGGGAAUAUAACUACUUUAUUGGUGCGUUGAUGUGCUAUAUUGUUCAAUGCAAUACUGCUAGAAAUGAAUGCAUUUACAAAAUGAGAGUUGGAAGCAUAACUCCUUUCGAGGCUCGUACUGGACUACAGCUAAAAGAAGUCGCGAUAAGCUACGGAAAGGCACAGUAUUGGUCGCGACAUCAAGCUGCAAGACUGCAAUAUGAAAAAUUUAUCAAGCAGUCAUAUAAAGAUUAUUGUGGUGCCGAUGCCGACUGUGCCAUUUUAGCUGGGCAUACACAGCGGACGCAGCUGCUGCAUUACAAUGACGACUACACUUUGUCGUGUGCUUCCGGAUAUCGAAAACUGGAGCGUUAUGUAGCGGCAGAGGAGCGCAGACACAAGAAAAAUGUGGAGCAUGUGAGAAGAAUGGUCAAGAUUGUGAACUUCAACCGUGAUAUGGAAUCGGAGGCUGAGAAUACGACAGAAACAGAAGAAGUAACAUCUGACAGCGAAGAAGAUGAUCAGCUGGAGCAGCAUGCGGUGUCGCCGGAAGGGCAACUUGGUAUGGGACAUGUAGAAGAAGAAGAAGCGGUUCAGCAACAUCUCAUGGAAGGCCAGCAAAGCGUCGCUAAACUUAAUGACGUCACUGCCAAUUUGCAGUUGCUGAACAACCGUCCUUACGAUGGUGGACUAAUCGACUAUCAUGAGAGGUCUUUCCACCUUGCGAUCUUCGGACACGAGCCCAUCUUUAAGGACACGGUGGUGUUAGGUCGCUACAUAAAUCACAGUGCUGUCCACCCAAACCUUGACGGUGAAGUAGUCAGUCGCGGAAACGGACGCAUGAAGACAAUGUUAAUAUUCCGUGCAACAUGUGACAUCAAGAUUGGAGAGCAACUACUAUGGAAUUAUACGAGUAAUUUUGGGAAAGAACGCCUGAAACCAUGCCUCUGUCAGUUGUGUGAGCCUGCUGCACAGAACGGUACGACAUCUACACUUCGCUCACUGCCAUAA